CGGCGCAUUUAACAUAUCCACUGUACUUUGGCAUAAUCCCACGAUUAUCCAAAUCGCUGACCGCGUUUAGUGCGUCACUUCAAAUUGAGCAAUUGGGGAUCUAUAAUCGCGUGAUCGUCUCGGGCUUCCGGGGUAGUUGGGGUAUAGUGGGUUCAGUUUCGAUUCGAUUGGGCUUAGUUGGUUCGUGGCCGGGGCUAUAGAUACCACAGGCCGGCUAUCAUAUCUGCGAUCACGCCGGGAACAACAGAGGUGGCCUGAUCGGGUCGAAUCCGGGACUUGUGCACUGGCUUAUACCCAUCGUGAUUUGGCGGCAAAGCGCGGUAUUGGCCUGGCCGAAAUGGAUGCCAUUGCAGCGGCCACUGGAGAGGAUCGAUUCCGGCCGAAAAUGUUGGCCCCACAUCAGGCAUCCAUACGAUUGUUGGCCCAGGAGCGGGAUUACUUCGGCAAGGGACACAUCUGCUCUGGCGCCUUGGUGGCGCCCUCUGUUGUGCUGACCGUCGGUAGCUGCAUCUUCAGUCAGGUGAAGAAGAAGUACUACCAUCCAUCAGAACUGCGCGUUAUGCUCGGCAACCCCCAGAGAUUUGCUCCCCAUGAGCAGGGUCAGUUCUUCGGAGUGACCCAUAUCCACCAGCCGCCCAAGGAUUUGGCUUUGGCCAUUCUGAUGCUGGAAAAGGAUGUGCCUCUGGAUAAUCCCCAUAUCCAACCAAUUGGCUUGCCUUCUCCUGGAACCACUUCCGUUCUGGAUUCGGAAUCUAGUAAUCUUCUGCAGAUCAGCACUUGGGGCUAUGACGCCGAUAUUCGUGAGCUGCACGAUCUGGUGACAUUGAAUGCCACCCACACAUCCUGUCACCAGCAGCAGAGCAAGUCACCAAGGAUUUGUGUCCAGCCGGAGGCCACCAACUCCACUCCUGGCCAGCUUUACAUGGAUGCCGGUGCCACUCUAACGGAACGUGAUCGCCUGCUUGGUCUAAGGAGCAUCGAUGGGGGAUUUGAGGACGUGGCCAGCCAUGUGGAGUGGGUCUUGGCCAAGACUGGAGAUGGUGGCAAUCAGAACAGUUCCAUUUGGGGCAUCCUGGGAUUCCUAGUAUUCACCGGCUACGUAAUCACCAUAAGCAGCAAGAGCUUUUCGACCUAAGACGUCUGAAGAGGAUCCAUGGGGGUUUACGAUGUGAUCAUUUGGGGGAAAUUAGCCAAGUAAGAUUUCCUAGACUUUACAGAAAUGAUAAAGCCGAGGAGUGUGAUAAUCUCUAUCUGAUGCUUCUUUAAACCAGAUUUCAUGCUUAAUAACUUUAAGCGUGCUAUAAAAAUCUGGUAGUACAUGUAUAAGAUACAUAAUAUACAAUAGAGUCUUCAUUCCAAAAGUAA